CAGGAUCUGAUAAAAACCUUCAGAGCUUUAAAUCGGCGGAGAUCAAAUGAUUCUGUUAGUUCGUUCGUUUGCUGACUGAAAGGAGCCAUUAGCUGUUUAAACACCGGCUUUUAUUUGACAUUAAUCUCAUACACAGAUAUAUUUAGAUAUUUAUGUUUUAUUUUGUAUACGCAUCUGACAAAAAUGUUCUUUUGUUUGUUUGUUUUAAAUAUCUUUCGUGUAUUUUUUUUCCCAGUCGCAUUCUGACAGGGCUAGGGUUCUGCUCUGUGAUUGGCUAAUGCUGCUGUCUAUCAAGCUGAUUGGUCAGAAGAGCGGUGGAAAGAGGAGUGAAGAGAACAACAGUGAUGAAGAUGAACUCAGACUCGUGCUCAUUGGUCGGACAGGCUCAGGAAAGAGCGCUACAGGAAACACCAUCCUCGGUCGACGUCAUUUCCUGUCUGAGCUGAGAGCGAGCUCGGUGACGCAGGUGUGUGAGCAGGGAAGUGCUGAGUUACCUGAGGAUGAGGUGGAUCAAUACGCUAAGGUGUUGGUGGUGGACAUGCCAGGAUUUGGAGACACUCGAUCAGAUCCCAGUGAGGUUCACACGGAGAUCGCCAAAUGUGUGGCGCUGAGUGCACCCGGUCCUCAUGCCUUCCUGCUGGUCAUUCAGCUGGGACGCUACACAGAAGAUGAAGACAGAGCUGCUCGGGAGAUGCUGCGACUGUUUGGGGAGUCUGCUCUACAGCGCCACACGGUGGUCGUCUUUACCCGCGGGGAUGAUUUGGAAGAAAGUGGUGGUGAUUUGGAGUUGUUUCUGGGUCAGGACGCUCCAAAAGCGCUGAGAUCUUUACUGGAAACUUGUGGAAGAAGAUACCAUGUCGUGAACAACAGGAACUUGGAGAACAGGAAGCAGGUGAAGGAGCUGCUCGGAAAAGUGGAGAAGAUGGUGGAGGAGAAUGGAGGGCAGUACUACACCAGCGCAAUGUUCCAGGAGGCAGAGCUUGCUAUCCGUGAGGAACAGGAGAGGCUGAUGAGCCAGGGGCCAGCAAACAUGGAGGGGGCCUUGGUGUUGGCCAAGAGGAGGAGGCAGGAUUGUGAGGAGAAAACAGAGGAGAUGAGGGUAGAGGAGAGAUCGGCUGAGAGGUGGUGGUUGUUGAAGGAAGGAUGGCAGAAAUGGAAAGAGAGAGAUAAGAGAAGAGGAAGGCGUGGGCUAGAGUCUUUCCGCACUGAAGCAGCACUAUCACCAAAGGUUCUAGAGAGGGUGAAAGUGUUAGUGGCAGCCGGAGCUACAGGAUUUGCAGUGGGGGCAGUUUGCGGUGCUGUUGCCCCUUUUGCUUUGGCAGCAGGAGCCUCUGUGGUGGGUAGUUCGAUGGGUAUCACUGCAGGUUUGGCUGGAAAAACCGCUGUAGCUGUAGGGGCAGCGAUGGGAGGUGUGGUUGGUGGGGCCAAUGGGAUAUUAGUUGGGGCAGAAGCAGCAGCACCUGGGGAGGCAGCACUAGACACUCUGGAGCAGGUAGGUCUGAUGGGGGUCACAUUGAUGGGUGGGGCUGCAGUGGUGGGAGGAGCAUUGGGGGUAGGUGCAGGACUUGUGGGAGCGGGACUUGAGGGUGGUGCUGCGAUAACCGGAGCUGAAACAGUUAGCAUUGCUAAUGCUGGAGCUGUAGCUGCACCACAGGCACUAGGGGGUGCUGUAGUGGAGGGUAUAGCAACUAGCAGUGGUCUAACGGGAGCGGCGGGAACAAGCGGGCGCAUUUUAACAGCGGUGACGGAGAUCGGAAGAGUCGCAGCUGGAGCUGUGCUGGCCGGAGGAAUGGUAGUGAAGGUGGUGAAGGAGAAAGUUCGCUCGGCGACGGGAUGCACAGAAAGAAAGUCAUAUGAGAUAUACUGGAAUAAAUGAGCGGCAGUGCUAAGUAGCUGAUAUUAAAGUAUCAUAUUGCAGUACUAGCCUAAGCUUUUAUUUCUAUAGAGUCAUCAUAUGACAUCACCAGCUGCUAUCUUCUCAGAGAGUUUAGAGUUUGGCUUUCGGAGCUAAGAGAGCUUUCCAGCAUCGUUAGCUUAGUAACUAAGGCUAGCUAGUAAAUAACAUUCACGGACUGAAAGAGUUGGCUGUCCAUCAUAGUCUUUCAUGCUCAGUCCUGUCUGGUGAAAGCAAUUAGGGCUUUACCUUCUCCAAGAAGAACACACAUGAUGCUCCCUCAGAAGAAACUUUAGAAGACCGCUAUUCUCAUCGUAACCUUGAGAAGCCUUGAGACUUAACUUUAGCAAUUCUCUGUCCAAAAAUGCUGGAAGUGAAUCCAUGCACAGAGCUAAUACAGCUAGCCUGUGAGCCCUCAGCACAAACUGACUCCCUAACACAUGUUUUAUAUUUGAUCAGUUCUCAGCUUGUCCUUUUAUUUUGCACAAGAAUUGUGUAUGAAUUUGUAUGAACUAUGGUAUCUACUCAACCUUUAUUGGCUUCAUUAAUCAAGAUCAAACUUUUUCUUUAUAUUUGAUGACUGAAAAAUCUUCUGCGCUUCUUAAACACAAUUCAAACUCAGUGAAGUCUAUCAUAUCUUUAGUUAUUCCUGCAUAUUAGCACAUAUUAGUUUCUGUAGUUGAUAAAAAUUAUACGCCUCAAAACAGCAUUUUCAUAUUCAUAGGCAUAUUCAACAAUUACAAAUUUUUCCCAUUAUUUAAUCCAUGAAAUGUGUUAAAUUCAAGGAAAAUGUUGCUUUGCUUGAAUGAAAUGCUCAUAAUGAUGUGCCUUACAAUAAAGCGGAACAAUAAAGCAUGGAAAUAAAUGUUA